UGUGCCCGGGAACAGUCUAUGUAUGUGUGUAUGUACAUCUGCCGCGAAAAUGUUUCCACCGUCGUUGGUUUUAUAGAUGUGUCUCCGCGGUGGAUAGGCAUGUUUUUGUCGGCUUACGCGAGGACCUUGCCCCGCGCGGAUGUUCAUGCGCGGCGUUUGAGGACCCGACGGUGAGGUGUGGUUUGCACACACAAGAUUUGUCAGCAACUCAAAGGCUGCGAUCUCAAACAGCUAAUUAUACCAACAAGUGACAUUCCAGAAUCAGGUUUGCUUGACCACCAUGUCCUUCCUGUGGCCUGGUGCCCUCUCAUGACCCCAAUGACAUCAGCUCCACUAUUGACCCCAAACCCCUUCUACAACCCCCUGAGAAAAUACGUUAACUGAGCACGUGCAUAGGCUGCAGUGAGGUGGUCUUCCAAAUGCCUACCUCACGCCUAAAGAACAAAUCACUGCAGCCACAGCCCUGAUUAGCAGCCACCAUGACAUCAAGCAUGGGGGAUGAUUGUAGCAUCUUUGAUGGGUUGAUGGAAGAAGAUGAAAAGGACAAAGCAAAACGCGUGUCCCGUAACAAGUCUGAGAAGAGACGGCGAGACCAGUUCAAUGUCCUCAUCAAGGAACUCGGCACAAUGUUGCCUGGCAACACUAGAAAGAUGGACAAGUCCACCAUCCUGCAGAAAAGCAUCGACUUCCUGUGUAAACACAAAGAGAUUGCAGCUCAGUCUGAGUCGAGUGAGAUCAGGCAAGAUUGGAAGCCUCCAUUUCUUAGCAAUGAGGAAUUCACCCAGCUCAUGCUGGAGGCUCUUGAUGGGUUCUUUAUAGCAAUAAUGACUGAUGGCAACAUCCUCUACGUGUCUGAGAGUGUCACUUCACUACUAGAACACCUCCCGGCGGAUUUGGUGGACCAGAACCUGUUAAACUUCCUGCCGGUUGGGGAACACUCCGAAGUGUACAAGGCUCUGUCCACACACCCCUCUGAGCUAGAGAACCUUAGCACUGAUUACCUAAAGUCUAAGAAUCACAUGGAGUUCUGCUGUCAUAUGCUGCGAGGGGCCAUUGACCCCAAAGAAUCCCCUGUUUAUGAAUAUGUUAAGUUCAUCGGCAACUUCAAGUCUCUCAGUAACGUUCCCAAUGUGACUAGGAACGGUCUGGCAGGGGUGUUACAGCGGUCGCUACAACCUGCCUUUGAUGACCAGGUGUGCUUUGUAGCCACGGUCCGGCUAGCUAAGCCUCAGUUUAUCAAGGAAAUGUGUACGGUGGAGGAGCCCAAUGAAGAAUUCACAUCAAGACACAGUCUAGAAUGGAAAUUCCUCUUUUUAGACCAUCGAGCGCCACCAAUUAUAGGCUACCUGCCUUUUGAGGUUUUGGGGACAUCAGGGUACGACUAUUACCAUGUGGACGACCUGGAGACGCUAGCGAAAUGUCACGAACACUUAAUGCAAUAUGGUAAAGGGAAGUCAUGCUACUACCGUUUCCUGACGAAAGGUCAACAGUGGAUCUGGCUGCAGACACACUACUACAUCACCUACCAUCAAUGGAACUCUCGACCUGAGUUUAUUGUCUGCACGCACACAGUAGUCAGCUAUGCAGAGGUGAGGGCAGAACAGCGCAGAGAGCUCGGCAUCGAGGAGGCAAAUCCAGAAGUCACUGCAGAUAAGAGUCAAGACUCUGGCUCAGAGUCACAGCUCAAUACGUCCAGCCUGAAGGAGGCACUGGAGCGAUUUGACCACAGUAGAACACCUUCGACUUCCUCGCGGAGUUCCCGCAAGUCCUCAUCGCAUGUGUCUGACAACACCUGCACUUCGACAGCUCCCAAGUUACACAUGGACACGGCCACGCCCCCUCGGCAAUCAUUAGCAUCUACCAUGGAGAUGACAUCACAGCGCCGGUCAUCUAUCAGCAGCCAGUCUAUGAGCUCUCAGACUACAGGGCAGAGUGUAGCUCCUGGUAUGAUCAAUCAGCAACAACAACAACAACAACAGCAACAGCAGCAGCAGCAACAACAACAACAACAGCAGCUCCAGACAAAUGUGCAGCCAGUGAUGGAGUUCUCAGCGCAGGUGAAUGCCAUGCAGCACUUAAAGGAGCAGCUGGAGCAGAGGACCAGAAUGAUCCAGGCUAACAUUCAGCGGCAGCAGGAGGAGCUCAGACACAUCCAGGAGCAGCUGCAGAGAGUCCAGGGGCAGGGUAUACAGAUGUUGCUGCAGCAGCAGGGUGGACCCAUGAAUGUACAGCUUCCUCAAGUAGGAUCAGUCCAGCAGACAACUACGUUGACCAAUCAGGUCCAGCAAACAACAAUUAACCCCGUCCAUUCGGGAACACAGCAGCUCACCAUCCAGCAGCAGGCUCCUCCCACUCAACAGAGCUUACAACAGCAGACCAACACCCUUAUGCAGCCCCAGCGUCAGACUCAGCAAGCUUCUCAGCCUCAGCCCCAACCUCAACCCCAGACCCAGGGCUCUGUAUCUGCUCCUUUAUACAACACAAUGAUGAUUUCCCAGCCAGGACAGCCAAAUGUGCUGCAGAUCAGCACCAGCCUGCCGCAGAAUAACACCCAGCAAGGCACAGCUGUGGCCACUUUCACCCAGGACCGACAGAUCCGCUUCCCAGCAGGGCAGCAGCUUGUGACCAAGCUUGUGACAGCUCCAAUGCAUGCAUGUGGUGCAGUCAUGGUUCCCACUUCUAUGUUUAUGGGGCAGGUGGUUACCGCAUACAACCCAUUUGGGAGCCAGCAGCAAGGGGGGCAGACCCAAACGCUGACUCUGCAGCCGGCCCAAGCACCUCAAGGACAACCAGACGGCCAAAACCAGACAGCUGUAGUGGCACAAAGCAACCAGCAGGGGCAGCAGCAACAACAGCAAUUCCUACAGGGCCCUCGUCUUCUCCACAACAACCAGUCUACGCAGCUGAUCCUGCAGGCAGCUUUCCCACUCCAACAGCAGGGAACCUUCACCCAGGCAACACAUCCACAGCAGCAACAGCAACUGCAGCAGCAACAACAACCGCAGCAACAGCAGCAACAACAAUCUCACCACCAGAGGCACCAGCAGCAGCUUAAACCACAGCCCCAGAAACAGCAGAAAGCCCCGUCAUCGCACAGGACUGACGCUGUCAGCAGCCAACAGCAGUGAAGCGAGGAGGGGAGUGUGUACAGCGAGAACAUGUGGGGAAUUGGAACUCUUAAGGGAUUGUUGCAUACGUUUGUUUUUUUUGUUUGUUUGUUUUUCCCCCCCGAAAUCGUUCCUUCAUCUGAAAGAAACAAAUCAUAGGAAAGAGGAAAAUGAGUCCACAAGGAACUCACCAAAAGACUGUCACCAUGGCAACAGGAUGGAUUCAAAUCCCCAUUUCCUCUCAUGAGAAGCGGUGUUGUGAGGGAAGCUUCAGUUUCCGUGAAAACCUGAAUUAAUCACUUUAUGGUCACUUUUUUUGUUUUUUGUUUUUUUUUCUGAGAAGCGUGUCAAAGCGAACUGGCCUUGUACAGAUUUACUGUAUGAUACAAACAAAAACUUGUAAAUAUCCACCAUAGCCUAACAGAAAACAGAAAUGUAGUAUUUUAUAUGAUUGCAUGGAAAAAAUAACUGUGUAAGCUUUUAUUAGUUGCUUUAAAAAAAACAAAAAAAAAAACAACAUAACUUUUUACUUUGGUCAAGUGUGGUCAAAGAUGGAGCACUGACUCCUCUUAGACCUCCCCGCCCUACCACCACCACCACCACCACCACCCCUCCCAGGAAAAAAAAAAUUAAGUCCAGAACAAGGUUUUAAAGUUCUGAGUGUUUUAAAAAAAAUGGCUGGGCUUGGGUGUUUUUUGUGGAAGUUGUUUUUUGAACACUGUGUCUCUGAGACAAAAAAAGGCUCUCUUUCUAAUUCCAGAUCAUGUUUGGCAAGAAACUAGAUUACAGUUUAACUGUAUUAUUUACAGGAUAAUUACUGUACAUAUGACGGGUUUAGUGAUUCCAAGUGCCAAUAACAUAGUCAAAAUUUUUUUUUACUUUAAAUUUCAAACAGACUAUUCAAAGGCAUAUAUUUUCCAACAAGAUAUUACCCCUAUUAAAAUUAAUGCGUGUGUAUAUAGUAGGGAUUAUUUUUUAAAAGUUAAAGAGCCCUAUAUGUAACAAAACAGUAUAUCCUCAAGCUCCUCAACUUUAGCACUUAACGUGGUUGUGUACGAUAAAUCACUGUCGACCCUGUUGUUUGUAAUCUGUUGUGUGAUUCUUUGAGCUAAUGAGUGUUUCUGAGAAAACAAUCUUUGUGUGAAUGAGUGAACAAGAGUGUCUGUGGCUGGUGUGUGUGUGUGUUGCCCCUUGUGUCUUACAAUAAUUGACUUAGUAAAGGGUUUGAAGUUGUUGGAUGGUACUUGUAUUCUCAGGAAUGUGGAAAGUUUUUGCUUCUGCCUCAGUCUGGAACCAGACCAGAAGGAUUAGACAGUGAUGCUGCAAAGACCAUAGGAAGAAGAUUCAUAAAGGAAGUGGUGACUGAAUCAAAUUUGCCCCAGAUUUCUUUAGAGCCUUCGUUGUUUAUUUAUCAAAGCAUAUAAAAAUAUGCUGGUGGGUUUUUUUUGUUGUUUUUGUGGGGGUAGAUGUUGAGACGCAGUAGAGCAGAAUUGCAGAGAAAUCCUUCUGUUGUCACUCUUAUUGGAAUACGCUAACCUCACGCUACCCAAGCAUCUGAAUUUCAGCUGACUAUCUUAAGGUCUCCUGUAUCAUCAGUGUUUCGUCCUUCUUCCUAGGCCUCAGAAAACCUCAUGCAGUCCAGUUCACUUGACUCUCGGUUCUCAAAUAGCAGUCAAAAACCAGGACAGGGUCCCGCUCCACUUUAAAUGGUUUGGGCUCAGCCUGUGUACUUCAGUGAUUAAGCCAUAUCAUACAGAAAAGCCUUGGUUUGGAGGAAGUGAAAUGUUGGCAAAGGAGCAUUUAGAAUGUGUUUUGUCUCAGAGUGUAGUAAAAGUGUGCAUGUGGGUUUGUGUGAAUAUAACAUCUCCUGUCCUUGAUCCUACUUCUUAUAUCACUUGGGGGUCAGUAUUUCUUUCCCCUGGCGAUAGCCAAUCAGUUCUUGCGUUGCAGUAUAAAGGAAUUGUAAUUUUCAAGGAACGUCUGCUCUCGUUGGGCGCAAUAUUGUGCGAGCCCGUGUGUGGGACGGCUCAACUUGAAUAUGUUUGUGUGAAUGAGUCUGUGUGCAUGUUAGCUGUCGCUUUAUCCCAGUAUAUUUUCAUGCACAGAAGUGUGACUGGAAAGUGGUUAUUAGGCAUUGCAGAGCACUGGUCACCUGCCAGGCUAAAGAAGAUGGGUACUAUUAUUGUUCUGCAAUAACAGACUGCUCACAGUGACUCUAGUACUAUCUGACAAGUCUCAAAUGUUAACCCUUGGACAUAAGCUUAAUUUAGACUAAAUUGCUGUUAGCGGGGAUAAAACCUCAUUUCUUGUUUUCCCCCAUACAAAUAAGGAAUAGUGGCGAGAUUACACAGUGAGGGCUUUAAUAUUUGAAUCAGGUCUUCCACUCGUCUCACAUUAAUUGUUUGUCCUGUAUAGAUUAGUGUGUUUGUGUGUGCGUGCGUGCGUUUUAAGGCAUCUCUAAAGGGUAAUGAAAUGUUUAUAGUUUGUGUCACUGAUACCCAGCCCAAAGAAUGUAAUGGUGUUUUAAAGAGACUAAUGGAUGUUGUAACUGUGCGCCUGUUUGACAGGCUUUAUGAUGAAGGAAAUGGAGGGGUGUGAACGAAACUCACAAUUCACUGCAAGAAUCCAGAACUUACAAUCUGAAUUUCAGUCUAUCGUAAAAGAACCUCUGAAUGUUUCACCAUUACAGACUUUAUUGGUUUGCAGCAAUAUGUUUCUGACAACAUCUUGGUUGGGAAAAGGGUUCAAAAUCUCUUCAAAGUUGAGGUCUAGGAUAUUUGAUACGGGACGCCAUUGACAAGACGGCGAGCUCCCCCUUCCACACAGAUACACAGGUCACCUUUCCACUACACCGUUUGGUUCUAAACAGUUCUAGAUCUAGUAUAAUACUGUACACAUACACAAAGUUAAAAACACCAGUAUUCAGUGUAAAAACGGUGCUAUGCUAACCUGUACUGUAUGUAUUUCUAUCCCUUCUUCUGCUCUUGAACUGUGCUCCUUUAUCUACCCCAAAGUCAGAUGUAAUCAAUAUUUUGAAGCAAAAUGUUUGCUAACAUUAUUAUUAUAAUCCCCUCUUCUCCCAUCUUGGUCAAUUUGAAAAUAAAAACAGUUGCAAAUAUUAAAUGUGA